AUCCACUUUGCAUUUGACCUAAUGUAUAAUAUAAACAGCUGCACAUCUGCAGUCUCUGUCCAAAAGAGAGGAACAGGGAAGAGACAAGGAUGGAAACAGUUCUUCUGAUCAUCAUCGCCCUUUCAGGGCUGAGCGCUGUCUCCUCACAUGCUGAACGUCAGUACCAUUUUGUUUCUGAAGCAAAGACCAUGUCUGAAGCACAGAGAUACUGCAGAGAGAAACACACAGACCUGGCCACUGUAGACAGCAUGGAGGUUGUGAAGCUCCUGAACGACAUGGCAGGCCAACACAACCAAGCAGCCUGGAUAGGGCUGCACGAUGACCGGGACACCAGGAGGUGGUCGAUGUCAGACCCAAGCUUCUACGGACCGGGGCAGACGGAGUUCAGACCAUGGAGGAGUGGACAACCAAGCAACGGGCACGAUGAACAAUGCACAUUGCUUAAUUCUGAUGGAACAUGGGUUGAUAAUGCUUGUAAUUACGUAACCUGGGUGAUCUGCUUUGAUGUCACAGGACCGAAUGCAGCAUUUGUCAUCACUAAGAGCUCAAUGAACUGGACUGAUGCCCAGAGCUACUGCAGAGAAAACCACACAGACCUGGCCAGUGUGAGAAACCAGACGGAGUACCAGCAGAUUGUUGAUCUGUUACCUGAAGGAGGUUGGUAUUGGAUCGGCCUUUACAGAGACUCCUGGAAGUGGUCCGAUGGAAGCAACUCCUCCUUCAAGUACUGGAAAGAAAAUGAACCUAACUACAAUGCUUUAAAGGUUUGUGUGGCUGCAGCUUUCGACAACUCUGGAAAAUGGGAGGACUUGGACUGUGGAGUGGAGAAACCAUUCAUCUGCUACGGACCUGUGCCUGUUUCAAUGCAAGUGAUAAAGGUGAGGGUGAAGAAACCAAACGGUGUGGAUCUGAACGACCAAGCUUUUCUGGAUGCGAUGUUGGUGGAGGCGAAAAAGAACCUAAGGGCCCAGGGAUUGGACGACAACGUCCAAGUGGCCUGGAGGAAGCAGCCGGAUGGACAAGUCUUCCACGAGGAGGAGGAGAAGAAGAGGGAUGAGCUCUACCUGAAGGUGGACGCGCUGUGUCCAGAGUCCUACAGGGUUAACUCCCCCGACCAGAUCCGACUGCUGGCCAUCGCCGACAACUUCCAGCGUCAGUAUUCACUCCUGUAUCCCGACCACAAACCCCUGCUGCUCUGCCCGGUCAACGAGUGUGGAGAGAGGAACAGGGAAGAGACAAGGAUGGAAACAGUUCUUCUGAUCAUCAUCGCCCUUUCAGGGCUGAGCGCUGUCUCCUCACAUGCUGAACGUCAGUACCAUUUUGUUUAUGAAGCAAAGAACAUGUCUGAAGCACAGAGAUACUGCAGAGAGAAACACACAGACCUGGCCACUGUAGACAGCAUGGAGGUUGUGAAGCUCCUGAACAACAUGGCAGGCCAAUACAAACAAUCAGCCUGGAUAGGGCUGCACGAUGACCGGGACACCUGGAGGUGGUCGAUGUCAGACCCAAGCUUCUACGGAUCGGGAGAGAUCGAGUUCAGACGAUGGAGGACUGGACAACCAAGCAACGGGCACGAUGAACAAUGCACAUUGCUUCGUUCUGAUGGAACAUGGCUUGAUUAUGAUUGUAAUAUCGCCUACAGGUCGGUCUGCUUUGAUGUCACAGGGCCGAAUGCAGCAUUUGUCCUCAUUGAGAGCCCAAUGAACUGGACUGAUGCCCAGAGCUACUGCAGAGAACACCACACAGACCUGGCCAGUGUGAGAAACCCAGCAGAGAACCAGCAGAUUGUUGAUCUGUUACCUGAAGGGGGGGUUUCGAUCGGCCUUUACAGAGACUCCUGGAAGUGGUCCGAUGGAAGCAACUCCUCCUUCAAGUACUGGAAAGUAAAUGAACCUAACUACGAGGUCUUCAAAGGUUUGUGUCGCUGCAGCUUUUGA